AUGACGUCACCAUCUUAUGAACUGUCUAAAUACAUAGGACGAAUACUUCAAGCAUCGAUCAACAGCAAAUACAACGUCAAAGAUUCGUUUGAGUUCUGCGAUUUCAUCAACAAUGUUGUACUUCCACCGGAUCACAUCCUCGUUUCUUUCGAUGUUGUUUCCCUUUUCACCUGUAUCCCCCGGGACCUAGUUCUCCGCAACAUCAUCAACAACUGGGACGCGAUAAAGAAGAACACAAACAUAAAUUUGGACAUGUUCCUCGAAAUCGUUAACUUCUGCAUGAGCUGCAGUUAUUUCAGAUUCAAAAACAAAUUUUACCAACAAACAUACGGCACGGCGAUGGGCAAUCCUGUGUCCAGCCCGAUAGCUGACUUUGUGAUGGAAUCACUUUUAGACAAUGUCACACGGACACUCGAUUUCCAGAUCCCGAUCCUAAGGAAAUACGUUGAUGACCUACUGCUAGCCCUACCAAGAGAACAUGUCGAACAGGUAAGAGAAAAGUUCAAUCAAUACCACCCGAAAAUCCAAUUUACUGUCGAGAUAGAAUUAGUGCAGAAAGCGAACGAAACCGACACCACCAGCCAAAACACACAAGACACACCCACACAACAUUACCGAUCCAUAUUGAACAUCGACGGCCUAACUGCGAACAUAGUUCGCUCACUGAAAACGGACUAUCCGCAAGUACGCAUCGGCACCACGCAACAACAUACGAUACGCAGCCUACUGCCUGUGGUUAAGGACCCGAUACAACCGAUCGAUCGUUCCAAUGUGGUCUACAAUAUCCCAUGCGCAGGCGCAUCCGACCGUAACGAGACAUGCUCAAAAGUUUAUGUUGGGCAAACUAGCUACAAACUUCGUACUAGAAUGUCCAAGCAUAAAUGUGACGUCACCAAAUUAAACCGAAUCAUCGCCUCAGGGUCCACAGCAUCAGACCCAGCCAUCAGAGAGCUACGACAAUCGGCCGUUGUUGAACAUUGCUUCGACCAGGGACACAUGUUCGACUUUGAAAAAGCCACCGUUCUCGACAGCUCCAACAAGCACCGCCGGCAUCUAGAGGUACUCGAAAUGUGCUAUAUCCAAAGCACUCCGAAUACCGUCAAUAUACAGAGCGACACGGACGGAAGAGCGAUCUCCUACGGCGGAGUGUUCCACACACUCUCUCAGAUAGCUCACAAGCACUCAUCGGCGCCGGUUUCUGGCUAUGAAGAAGAAACCCAAACAACAAUAACAAACUGUGAGUCGAGUGGAUAA